AGUUCUUCAAGUCUGAAAAAAGGGCGAAGCCUAUGUGCUCUGUAGGCCAAAUCUUAGCAAAAACACACAAACACACACUUGUAGAGAGUGAAAGAAUCAAGAAUUUAUGGCAAAUAAUGGUGAAGAAGAGGGAAGAAACAACAAGGGGGUUUACAAAAUGAAUGAACCUCCCACAGACAGGCCAGUUCGUGUAUAUGCAGAUGGUAUCUAUGACCUCUUUCACUUCGGCCAUGCUCGUUCUCUCGAACAAGCCAAAAAAUCGUUUCCGAAUACUUACCUUCUUGUCGGAUGCUGCAAUGAUGAAGUUACCCAUAAAUACAAGGGCAAAACUGUCAUGACUGAUAAGGAGCGCUACGAAUCUCUUCGUCACUGCAAAUGGGUAGAUGAAGUUAUUCCUGAUGCCCCAUGGGUGGUUACAAUGGAGUUCCUUGACAAACAUCGGAUUGAUUAUGUGGCACAUGACUCUCUUCCGUAUGCUGACACAAGCGGGGCUGGCAAGGAUGUUUAUGAAUUUGUCAAGUCCAUUGGGAAAUUUAAGGAGACUAAACGGACUGAAGGAAUAUCAACAUCAGAUAUCAUAAUGAGGAUUGUUAAAGAUUACAAUGAGUAUGUUAUACGUAACUUAGAUCGGGGGUACUCUAGAAAAGAACUGGGUGUCAGCUAUGUGAAGGAGAAGAGAUUGAGAGUAAACAUGGGAUUGAAAAAGCUGCGGGAGGAAGUGAAAAAACAGCAAGAGAAAGUGGAAGAGAAGAUGCAAACAGUCGCAAAAACUCGUAACAUGUGGGUGGAUAAUGCUGACCGUAUGGUUGCUGGUUUUCUUGAAAUGUUUGAAGAAGGGUGCCAUAAAAUGGGGACUGCCAUCAGAGACCGAAUUCAAGAACAACUGAUGGUGAAGGACAAGGAGGAUUAUUAUGAUGAUGACGAUGAUGAAGAUUUCUACGAUGCCAGCACCGAUGAAGAAUAUGACGACAGCAGCGUCGAUGUUAAAAAAUAAGAUGAUAUCCCCUUAUCUUGUCUCGAAUUCUAGCCCUGUACUUGCAUAAGCUGGGCGUCUGCUUGAAAGUUUCUCAUAGCGUUGUUGUAAUGUGCAAGCAAUACAGCUUAAGGUUUGAAAAACGUAGAAUCGGAUGUAUAUACUUAUUACUUCGUACAGGUUUGUUAGGUCGAUUAACAUAAAUUUUUCUACAAAAAUAUUUAUAAAUUAUUUAAUGUUAUAUUCUAA